CAUUUCUUCCAAUGCAAACCUUCCGAGUGCAGGUAGACCGUCACAUUUUGCAUAAAAUCAGGUUUUCCUGUGUUGUGCAGAAUCAGUGAGUAUCAAGCCCAGUGAAUGUUCAAACGUUGUAGAGAGCACAGUGAAGAAUAUUUAAAGCAUAAAAUAUGAAGCAAUCAUCCAGCGUGUUGUGCUUGUUUUUGAUGGCUACCAUUAGCACAUCUCGUGCUCUCCCUAUUCUGGAAUAUUUAAAUCUAGAGAAUAGAUCCAGUGAUUCUGAACAAACCACAGCAAUAGCAGAAGUUCGGCCUGAGGAUAUCGAGGAUCUCCCAUUUAUUCGUUACGAGACCGUUAUGCCAGUAUUGAAAGUUGUUCUAACUCCGAUAGGCCGGUUAAUGCAACCGUUGAUAGAGCAGUGGCUGGCGGAUCGAUUUGGGCCCUAUAUCGACACGAUCGGCCGCGCGGUAGAGGGAGUUUCCCGCUACGCAACCGAUAACCUAUCUUUCCAGUCCGGUGACAUUUAUUACACCAAGAGUGACCUCAUCAAUGGGUACGGGUACCACUCGCUGCUGAUUAGUCUGCCCUCAGGUAAAACGCUGACCGUGCUGACGCACAAAUCCAAACGAAAGCUGGACAUAGUGGACGAGCUGCCACACGUAUCGGAAGCACUGAACGAGGUACGGAGUAUCAAUAAAUGAUAGUUCGGUUUCGACGCGGUCGACGGGGUUCUGGCCGCAGUGCGAGUUGACUGAAUAUAAUGA